CACAGCCCCAGCCGAGCGCAGGCAGCCACGGCCCAUGACCGCAGUGCCGCAUGCCGCGAGCUGCAGCGUGGAGAGUGCGGCUCCGCCAUCUCAACGUGAGUUGCAGGCUGCGGUGCCGGGGAGCAUGGGUACAGGGCAACAGCGUGAAGACGCCAUGCCGACGGCUGCCGGCGCCCGGCGCGCGGGCUCCUUCUCCUCCCCUCCUGGUAGGCCGAGCGCCGAGCCCGCACGCCGCCGCCCGAUGCCGAAGCUGCUGCAGCCGGCAAGUCCAAGACACCACCAGCAUCAGCACGGCGUGCAGACGGAGCCGCCUUUGCCAUCAUGCGCGAGGCGUGUCAUGCUUACGACUGCGGCACUGCGGAGCGGAGCAUUCUUGCUUCGGCUUCGGGCAGCGCGAGAGACGAGUGCAGAGGGAUGAUCUGCUUCCGCACUCGUACUACCGCGCCUCGCCGAAGCCGAGAGCUGCCGUCGACCAGGCGACUGAGAGCAGGUGUUCAGCGCCGGCAUCUCGUCGACAAGACGGCGCGACAUGCACAUGACUGGAAGGCGAUCUGCUUCCUUCGAGGAGAAGUAGAGAUGGCCAGCCGCUCACCUAGCCUGGAUGGAGCUUUGAGCCUCCUCGAGGAUCAAUCUAUGCGCCCGUGCCCUCUUUCCAGGUACCCGCAGGCACGGCAGGAUUGCAGUGGGCAGGCACAAAUGACUUUUGCCGACCGUGAAGGCGCAAUCGGGCGCAGCACACUGAAGAGCAGAUGGACUCCCUGUGUCGAGAGGGGGAAAAGCCCUGCCUGAUGCUGCCGCCUGUGGCUGCUUUUCUCCUCUCAUGGCUGCUCCUUGCGCUGCCAUCUCACCUCAACAUGCUCGCUGCGCGAGCCGACCGCCGGCGUGGGGCGCAGCGAUCCGCGUGAUCCUCCCUCCAGACCAGUUACGCUAUAUCGACACCGACACCCGAGUGUCUCACCUGCCUUUCAGAGGGGCAGGACCGCAUUCGGUCUCUCUCAC